CUGUAAUCUAAAACGCAUAUCGUUUGUAUAAGUUGAACGAUCAUAUUUCUAUACCUAUAUUUGAAUCCGGUGCGUCGUCAUAAACAACUGCGAAAUAUUUAGCAAGAUGUCUCGCUGGUUUUACGGGUUUUUUGCGAUAUUUAUCUUCAUUUCGACCGAUGUGACCUGCGUCAAGAAUGUGGAAAGCGAGGAACAGUGUAUCGAUUACUAUAAAAGUGGUGAUAUUUUCGAUUUAAACCUGUUGGCCGGUGACUGGUACGCGGUGUAUUACUGGCCGCCGAUACAGAGACGAAAUAGCUGUAAAAUUAUUAAAUUUCAAAAGGUUAAUCGAUCAGAAUUAGAGGCCGGUUGUAAGAAUACUUUGGCGAUAAAAGAUACAAUUUUGAAAUCGAGUUACAAGAACAGUUCCGGUAAACAAACGAAUGUUUACUAUUACGGUGAAGAGGAAGUUAAACACCAAAUUCGUUCGUGUGAUCGCAUAUCGAAGUACAUAUUCAUAGACAUAGAUGAUGGAUACGUGAUGGGAAUCAAUUGUUCGUCAGAGGGCAGAGGAAUUCUCCUAGCUAGAAAUCUACCGACGAAUGCGGAAGUGCAAGACGUCGUGGAUGACAUAGACAUUAUGACGGGCCGUGAAGGAAGCCCGGAUUGCCCGCUUGCUACUUAAAUUAAAAUAACGUUACAAGAAUUUAUAAAUUCACAAACAUUUAUAUCACUUUUAUACUACUUUGUAAUACGAAUUAAAAGUUCACAUGCUUAAUGCAAAUUAAAUACGAAAUAGUUUAAUAAAAACUUUUUGUUACCUUUAUUUACAAUAAAUGUUUAUCUUUGACUCCACUUUUUUGUCCUAAGAGUAUUAAAUAAACUUUUUUUUUUUUUGUCUUAAUAGUAUUAAAUUUGGUAAAUAAGAUAAAUAAAUACGACUUAUA